AUGUCUGACGAGCACCACGAGACCUUCGAGUCCGCCGAUGCCGGCGCCUCGAUGACCUUCCCCAUGCAGUGCUCUGCUCUGCGCAAGAACGGUCACGUUGUCAUCAAGGGUCGCCCCUGCAAGAUCGUCGACAUGUCCACCUCCAAGACUGGCAAGCACGGUCACGCCAAGGUCCACCUUGUCGCCAUUGACAUCUUCACCGGCAAGAAGUACGAGGAUCUGUCUCCCUCCACCCACAACAUGGACGUCCCCAACGUCUACCGCAAGGAAUACCAGCUCCUCGACGUCACUGACGACGGCUUCCUGUCCCUGAUGGAUGAGGAGGGAGGCACCAAGGAUGAUGUCAAGCUCCCCGAGGGUGAGGUUGGUGACAAGAUCGAGCGUAUGUUCAAGGAGGAGGAGAAGGACUGCAACGUCACUAUCCUCACCUCCAUGGGUGAGCAGUGCUGCAUGGAUGUCAAGGAGGCUCCCCAGGCCAAGUAAACACCUAAUCGUGCUCACGGAUUUUGUGACUGCCCUGUCAGCUUUUCUGUGUUCCACAAUGGCCUUGCUGUCUUCUUCCAUGUGUCCGGUCGGAUAAGACACAUGGUCACGUUACGACAUAAUCUGCUUCAAUAUAAACUUGGGUAUGUGAGCCAGUGGCGCUAGUCACGUUCACUUGGCAGCAUUAAUCGUGCUCUGUCAGAGGAACAGCUCUUGAAAUCAGCACCGUCACGAUAGUUUUACGAAUAAAAAAUCUAUUAUUGUUCCAA